UGGCCAUUUGAAUUCUUCUCCACAAUGUCCAUGUGCACUAUCAUGAUUUGCUCUGAUGUCUUGGACUAUACACAUUAAUUUCAUUAGUAUAUAUUUUCUGCUCAUUCACUCGUCCAACAUUUGAAAAGCAUCCUCGGCCUUGAUCAAUGUCUCAUUCUUUUUCAGUGAUUAGAUUUCUCUUAUUGGUCACACUGAAGUCAGAACAAUCAGUAAGAGUGUGGUAAAGUACACCAAGUACAAUGUCAGUGGAACACAGUACACUUGAAAGACCAGAAUCCUUCUCGCAAGUAGUGAGAGCCAAAGAUGACUUGCGGUUCAAGUUCUCCCAUACGCAAGCAGCGAAGGGUCUGGGUCUGAACGCCGAGGAACAGGAAAGUCUUCGAACAAACUUCGAAUUGUAUGCGGUCAAGGAUCAAGCCAUACCAUAUUGGACCGAAACUUCUGUCAUGAAGUUUCUCCGUCAGCAACUCCCUCCAGAUUUGACCUAUCAUGUCGUAGAUGCAGCGCCCAUUCUCUACCGCUCCGUUCUGAGAUUAGCAUCUUAUCCAUACUUAUUAGAACCAGUACAGCUGCUCACGCUCGAUGCGUUGAGGACUGCGGUUGUAAUCUUGUGCAGACGUCCCUUGUGGGCGUCUCGAGACCGGGACAUGUCUGAUUUCUGGUUCGAAAGACUGGAGAGGAAGCACCGAAGACUGCUAUUCCAGAGCCUUAUGGACAGAAUUCCAACUAUCCAAUACAUAGCCAGGACAGAAAAAGAUGACGAGGAUCUCAACGACGUCUUGGACGCACUUGAACGAGACGAUUACUCAGUCUGGAACGCUGACACCUCCAACGAUCUUGAGGAGCCUCUCGUCUCAACUGAAACAAGGUUACCAUCCUCGAACUCGGGUGAACUCAGUGGAGUCAUACCCAGAUAUGAGUUUCGUUCUUGGCUACGGCUCGUGCUAUUAUUCAGACUUGAAAAUGAAAGCGAUGUGCAGUGGCGACGUAAAUUGGAAGCAGUAACAGACUCUGUUCUUGACUCCUUCAGCGAGCACGACACUGGGCAUCUUGGAAAGGACAUUACGUGGCAAGAAUUCGACAGAACCACCACGAAUGCAACGCCACUGUUACACAUUGGAAUCUCUCGCAUGUUCGAACCACUUAUCCGACACUCGAAUAUCACCUCCAGGGCUUUUUCGAUGCCAGGCUUAUCACAGCUAUUCUCAUCAUUUGGGUAUUUCCCAGGCGUUACAAGCAAGACCAGUCAACAACUACCUCCUCAAGAACUGACCCAUCCUAUUCUUUGCCAGCUUGCUAUUUUCUUACCCUUGAUCGAUGUCCGUGAGCACACGAUGCUUUCCCGGGCGGAGUUUGUGGAGUACGCGAAUGAACGAAUUUAUCCUGGCCUCAUGUUACUAUCUGGUCUUGGUAUCACCAGCCAGAGUUCAGAUGCUAUCAGCCACGUCAUAUACGGAGCAUUUUUCGGAGCCCUGCCUGACACCGGAGCACCUUUCGAUAGGGCAGGUCAAGUUUGCAUCUUCCAACUUGCACCAGUACAUCGAGUAUUUGUUGCUGCUCGUGCGCCCAGAACGCCGGAUGCACUCGACUUGACGUUCUCAAAAGAGGUUGCCCGACGCGGCUUUAAGGUCGAAUUAGUGACGGACAAGUCUGAAAUGGUUGAACUUAUUAUCGAAGAUGGGAUGAAGAAUGCAAGUUUCGCGCAGUGGGGCUCACAUCAGGAUGAAGGUUCAGACCGAACGCUGAUUGGCGAAACUCGGAAUGAGGAUGAGGAUAUGAAAUCGAAUGAGCUGUUUGGAGAUUUUAAGAUCGAGGAUAUGAAGCUCCUCGGGUUUCCAAACCAAAACAAACAGUAAUUUCACAUGCGGAAAACUGUGCCAGUCGAGCAAGGUCAAUUUGUAUAUCAGAGUAAAUAUAAAUUCGAUGGUCC